AUGACUGGCGACUCACAAAUCCAAGCCAUUAAACGUAAGGCAAACAAAGAGUUGACUACAUUAGUGUGUAAUUACGAGAAGAGUGCCAUUCAGUCACUACCGCCGCCGAGUGUCCCUCACCUUCCAGUGGGCAUCUUUUGGGACAUCGAGAACAUUCAGGUGCCGUUCAAUCGGUCGGCCGUACAACUGGUGGAGCGGAUCCGACAGAAGUGUUUUGAACGCAAGUACCGCGAGAGCGAGUUUCUGGUGGUUUGCGACACACAUAAAGUGAACGAUGAAUUGCUCAACGAUCUGAACGCAGCUCAGGUGACAGUCAUUCACGUGAAUUGCGUGGCGAAGAACGCGGCCGACGAUAAGCUUCGGCAACAGAUCCAGCGUUUUGUUGAUCUCAACGGCUACUCGUCGGCCGUCGUAAUGAUUACGGAUGACGUUAACUUCGCGCCCGUAUUGAGUGAUCUAAGAAAUAGAGGACGCGUUGAGAUAAUGCUAAUCCAAAGACAGGCGGCGCCAGCCCUUAGAAAUUCAGCCGAUUUUGUCAUCAAUUUCACUGAUUUGUCCGAAAACUUGGAAAUCCGACGCAAAACUCAUAGCAAAGAUCGGCCGAUCCCUCUCAUCAAGAAAUGUCUGCACCGAAUGUCGACUAAUUGUGGCGGACGUAAGAUUGCGAUCAAUCCGACGAACGGCACAGCGUUUAUACAUUUCAAGACAAUGACUGACGCCCGACGGGCCCAAUACAGGCUUCACUCCCAGGAAGUGUUUGGACACAGCAUUGACGUGACGUUUAUGGGCCGCCUUAUUGACGACAGCUGUAGCGAUGAGUCCGGCUCAUCGGCAGCUCCUCCACCGCCGCCGCCUGUGGCCACUCAUUCGCCGCAACCAUUGUCUCGAUAUAGUCGUCCGCUUCAAGACUUAAUGUCCACCGAUUAUCGGACGCGUGGAAACUCCGUGUCUUCAGUUCAGUCUCAUCUCAACGAACUGAUGGCUUACUGUUCAAAUCACAGCAGUCAUAGUAAACGACCCGCCAGUGUCGAGAGCUUCCAAUUUGGUCACCAGCCGUCGCAUAAGCAUAUCCUUCCGGCGGUUCACAUAUCGAUAUCGAAAUUAACGAGUAAUGUCCACCACUUGUUGGACACACACGCCGGGUGUAUACCGCUGUACUCAUUCCUCGACUGCUUUUUGGCCGAUUCCAACGAACUGUUGGACACAGUGACGCGACCGGUGGUGGCGUUGGAGCACCUCAUCUCUUGCGUCCCCGGUGUGUGCGUAUCGGUGGCCACCGCGACACUCGUCAAGAAUGUGAUGUGGAUUCCGAACCGCAAUCGGGAGCCCAUCGAGGAGUCUGAAUACGCGGCGAGCGUUCACAGCGUUGGUCGCAAAGGCGGACCCACUCCGGGCCAGAUGUUGGCGCACUUUACCAAAGAGGUACGCGAACUGUUGAAGAGUCAAUCGCACGCCACCAUCGCGUUCAACAAGUUUGUGCCCACAUAUCACACACACUUUGUGCGGCAGCUGUGUGUUGGCCACUACGGGCACACGAAGUUGAUCGACCUGUUGGACGAUUUGCCGCAUAUCGUUCACGUGUACGGCGAGGGCGACGGCCGUAUGAUAACACUCACCCAUAAAGAGCAGACAAAGCGUUUUGCCACAGAUCUGGUGAAAGUACUGAAAGCACAGAACCACUCGCGUCUAAAAUUGUCUGAUUUUCCCGCCGCUUAUCAUCACGUGUUUGGCCGCCCCUUCGACGUGAGCGACUACGGGGUGUGCCUUCUCGACGACAUUCUUCGCGACCUCUACGAGGGAACGGUUAACAUAUCGACGUACGGCUCGAACGACCGGUUGAUUGAAUUGCCCAAAAGGGACCGAUCGGACGAACACAUGCGACGGACGGUGGCGUUCAGUCGCGAAGUGGUGGAACUGUUGCGCUACUCCCGCGAAGUGGUCAACUUUCAGAUGACAUUCUCGUUGUUCAUACCGUGUUAUCACCGGUAUUUCAACCGACAGUGUCGUGUUAUCGACUAUGGCUUUAACAAACUCAUCGAACUCUUGGAGGAGUUGUCGCCGCACGUCAUAGAGAUUAUCGCCAACAGCGAAGACGAGCUCUGCGGCGAGAAGCAGAUCCGUCUCAGUCGCGACAAUCGCGUCCACGCUUUGAUCUCUCGCUUUGAAACAAUACUCCGACACCAGAGCACCCGUUCGCUCAGAAUCGACGACUUUGAGCUGAUUUAUGGGCAAAAAUAUAACUCUGAAAUCGAUUACUUCGAAUUCGGUUCCGUAGAUCUGAUCGAUUUUGUCGACAAAAUGUCGGCCAAUAAGUUCCGAAUAGUGACCACUCAA